AUGCUUUCUCUCCGGAAUACCUUCCUGGCUGUUGCCGCCUGUGUCUCGACUGUCGUCAAUGCCGACUACACAAUUGACCCGGAAAGCGUGCCAAUUACCACCAGAAAGGCUUGGUGUCAGCAGGAGAUGACUACAUGUCCCCUUAUUUGCCAGCAGGUCGAACCCAGAACCACUCUCGUCAACACCUGCGAUCCUGAAUCCCUCACCUACGGCUGCCUCUGUGGCAAUAACAUGCAACCCAAUGUUUCAGAGUACUCGCUCAGCUUGCCCUACUUCAUCUGCACACAAUGGGUUAUCCAAUGCAAGGACGCCUGCUCGACCGAUGCCUGCAAGUCCGACUGCCAGCAGAAGCACCCAUGCGGCGCGCAGAGUCCCUCCCCGCCUAACAAGACGAAGACUGCCACCACCAGCAGCAGCUCGACGAGCGCCCCGAACACGAUCUAUACGGACGGACCUGGAGGCUCCGGCAACAGUGGAAAGAAGGGGGCCGGCGUGGCUCUCGAGGUUGGACGUACCUACGGAUUGGCCAUUGUUCUGACUGGCCUGUUUGCCGGAUUUGCUCUUUUGUAA